GCCGGUCGCGCGCAGCUCGCGCCUGAGGAACUGCGGCUGCGGUUCCGAGCGGGGUCUGGGGCUGUUACCAUUGAAUGACUAGAAAGGCUCUCGGUGCAAAGCGUUCCUGCAGAAUUGCUUCCACGUAAAGGGACCUUCGGGAAAUUUCGCUGGACACCGGCUGGCACUGACAAACCCAGCGUCCCUGGGCCUUGUGAGGUUUCCAGGCAGGCUGAUUGCGAGGCAACAUGUCUGCUUCGGUGAAAGAAAGCCUUCAGCUUCAGCUACUGGAGAUGGAAAUGCUGUUUUCUAUGUUUCCUAACCAAGGAGAAGUAAAACUUGAAGAUGUAAAUGCCCUGACAAAUAUAAAGAGGUAUUUGGAAGGCACAAGGGAGGCGCUGCCACCAAAAAUCGAAUUUGUAAUUACUCUCCAGAUUGAAGAGCCCAAGGUAGGUGCCCUGAUUUAAGUGUUUGCCAGGUGCCCGGUUUUUAACUGAAACAUCUAGAACAUGAGCUUUAUGUCAAGGAAAGAUAGAAAUAUUCCAGGUGCAUAUUUCCUUGUUUGAAAGAUACGGAAUGCUCUAUAAAUUGUCUUCAGUAAAUAUCUUUAAUUUUAUGUGAACAUACAUACCUUUUUGACAAAUAUACCUGGAGUUUAUAUUGAAGCUAUCUUGCAGUCUUAUGCCAUUAUUAUUUUGUUCACCCAUCCAGUUGGACUACCUUUCACAUGUAUCAUGAUUUUCAUAAAUCUAAAUAUCUCCUGUAACAAAACUGUCUUUUAAGGAGUGAAUGAGUGGAUUUUUUGAUGGCACUAAAACACAGAAAGCAAAUACGGAUGGAAAAAUCUAAAGACUAAAAAUGAAUUUACCUCCGUCUUCUGAUCCAUUUAUCUCCAGCAACAUUAGCAUAGCAUAGGUAACACGUGGACUGGGCAUUUGAGAACCACUGUUGUAGCUAUUUCCUACUCAUCCUUCAGUUGUCAUUCCCUCAGAGGAGACUUUCUGGUUCUCCAGACUGGAUUCUGUCCUGCUGGUUACACACUUCAAUGGAACCCUCCACUUUUCCAUGGUGAAAAUUGAUUUGCAAGUGACCAUGCCUCACAGCUACCCCUUUGUAGCAUUGCAGCUGUUUGGACGGUCAUCUGAACUUGACAGACAUCAGCAGCUACUUCUCAACAAAGGUCUCACUUCUUACAUAGGGACUUUUGAUCCAGGUGAGCUCUGUGUAUGUGCAGCAAUCCAGUGGCUACAGGACAACAGUGCAUCUUAUUUCCUGAACAGAAAGCUUGUAUAUGAACCAUCUACACAAGCAAAGCCAGUCAAGAACACAUUCCUCCGAAUGUGGAUCUACAGUCACCAUAUAUAUCAGCAGGACCUAAGGAAAAAGAUUUUGGAUGUUGGGAAAAGGUUAGAUGUGACUGGAUUUUGCAUGACAGGAAAGCCUGGUAUAAUCUGUGUGGAGGGUUUCAAAGAGCACUGUGAGGAGUUCUGGCACACAAUUAGGUACCCCAAUUGGAAGCACAUUUCCUGUAAGCAUGCUGAAAGCGUGGAGACAGAAGGAAAUGGUGAGGACCUGCGCCUUUUCCAUUCUUUUGAAGAAUUACUCCUUGAGGCUCAUGGUGACUAUGGAUUAAGGAAUGACUAUCACAUGAAUCUGGGCCAGUUCUUAGAAUUUCUCAAGAAGCACAAAAGUGAGCAUGUUUUUCAGAUACUAUUUGGUAUUGAAAGCAAAAGUUCAGACUCGUAAAAAGCGAUUAAGAGGCCUAUGCUUGUAAUUUCACUAAGUCAGUAUUUCUGUUAAUAAGACCAAAAUAAAAAGGCUGGUGGCUGUGUAGCAUCCUCAGUGCAAAACUCAGCUCCAGAAUUUUCACCUGGUAAUGAAUUUCAACUGAUAGUGAAAUGAAUAGGCCUUUAAACUUUGUAACAGUGCAAUUGUGAUGUCAUCUCCGGGUUCUUGUGUUAAGUCAUUCAAAAACUAUUUCAUUGUAAAUUAAUAAAAACAAUCCAUUUAA